CUGAUGUGAAAUUGUCCAAGGCCGUAGAAGAAGCGACACCAAUCAGAAACUGGGGGCAAAUGUUCUUAAAAGGUUUCACUGUUUUUGAGCCCAGAAGUACAGCAGCAGCACGCCGUGCUAUACCACACGCUAGAGGAGAUUCUAGGAAGGGAAAACAGCGUUUUAGCCUUGCGGAAAAUCUAUAUCGUGAUCGCAUUAGAGUUGAGCAAACCAAAGCACUGUCAUUUAAAGACAGACUCAGGAGUAUCAAGGCCCACCAUUGUUUGUUUUUUGUAGGAUUUAUGAUCUUUUGGUCUUGGCUUGGUAAUUAUUCAGUGCCUUACCUAAAAGGCACCACCCUCGGGAACAAACUUCAAUUUCAAAAGGCGAUGCAAGAUUGAAUAGCUAAUACUUUUAGUUACACAUGUUUGUUUGAAUGAAUAAACUAACAUAUUCUGGUGAAACUAUUAACAUGUUAUUUCAAUCCAAAAUACAUACAUAUGUAUCUUUCAUCAUAUUCAUAUUAUUUUCCUUUCAAAGAGUUUUGUAAAGGGACUUGAGCCCAGCACUUUUAACGUUAUUUUGAUACCAUUAGUAUUUCGUUGAGGGUUCUGCUUUGCUAUUUUGAUCCAUAUAUUUACUUAUGAAAGAUGAACAAAGUCUUUGAUUAUCAUUGCCAACACCAUUAUUCAAUAUUUUUACCACAUUUAUAUAAGGUGUCAUUUUUUCACUAUAACAUCGAAUGAAAAAUGCUUUGUAUGCUAGCUAACUUACCCCAUGAGCAUCGGUUACCACACGCUUAUAAUGGCUACAGCUAAAAUGAAUAGCUCGAUCAUCAGUUCCUCUUUUGAUGAUAUUGGACACUGCAGAUAUUGGUUGUGAAUAUUUUUCUCUUAUUUUUUGCAUCUAAGAAGUAUAAUAACUAUUUCCAUAUCUUGAUUGAUGUGUUUUUACUUCUGUCUCGAUUCCUAUUUAUAGCGUGCCGAACGAAUUCUAUUAGUACAACAACAGUCACGACACUCUAUGUGUUGACAGUGACAGCUGGUUCAUGAUAAGUGUGAACAACAGCAAAAGGAAUGAUGCCAAACUAUCCGAGAUAAUUUACAUUGUGAGAUUGAUUACAUGAACGGCGAAUUCUGUAGCAAGCAUUUUACUUAUCAUCAAUAUGAUAUCAAAGAAUUAUAUGUAAACUCAUUUUCAUGACUACCCUCUUUAAAAA